AUGUCCAAAAAUGAGCGUUCUAAAGAAGAUAUCCAAUUGCUGCGUAGUAUGGGUAUCCCGGAAUGGCUAUUGGAACCUACGAUGAUCAGUCCCAGCGACACUUGCGAGUUGGAUCAGGCCGGCCUUUCUGCUCGAUUGGUGGAGCGAUGCCGAGAAUUGGGCCUUACAUCUCUAUUUGCUGUGCAAAUGGCGGUAAUCCCAGUCUUUUUGCGACGACAGGCUCUGUAUGAUAUGCGACGGGCUCCCGGUGAUUUAUGCAUUUCAGCACCGACCGGCAGUGGCAAAACUUUGGCUUACGUAUUACCCAUCAUUGACAUUCUUUCCAAACGCGUGGUGACCCGCCUACGAGCACUAGUGGUAUUACCCACCCGAGAUCUUGUCACUCAAGUAAAAGAAACAUUUGAAGCGUUCGUCAAAGGCACCGAUCUGAAAGUUGGCACGGCCACAGGUCAACAAACGUUGGCUCAUGAACAACAAGUGCUGGUUGGUAAAACCACAGAAAGAUAUCCCGGCGGCUACAGUCGUGUUGACAUCUUGGUUACGACACCUGGCCGUCUUAUCGACCAUAUGCAAAAGACGCCGAAUUUCUCUCUCCAGCACUUGAGAUUCCUGGUGAUCGAUGAAGCUGAUCGACUGCUGAAUCAGAGCUAUGAGGACUGGUUGAAUCACAUUCUAUCGGCCACACGACCGCACGAUCAUGAUGCGAAUCUACCUUCUUUAUCGCUUAAAAAGGAUCGCUAUGGUGUAACAGAUAUUGAUGCCGUUGCACCGGCUUAUCUGCGAUCAAAUUACGCGCUUCCGCAUACCGAUCUCGAUCUUCCUUGCGUUCCUUCGGUUCAAAAACUCUUGUUCUCGGCCACGUUAACGAAAAAUCCGGCCAAAAUUGCGAGCUUGCACUUGACGGCUCCUGAAUACAUAUCUGUACAAAGAUCAAGCGACAACGACGCUGCACCGACUUAUACCACACCCGCCGGACUGAAAGAAUACAUGAUUGUGUGCCCGACGCAGCAGAAGCCAUUGAUGCUGAUCUAUCUUCUUCACGAGAAGAAGGUUCAAUCGGCGCUGUGUUUUACGAAAUCCGUUGAUUCUACCCGUCGUUUGCACAUGUUGAUCACCGCAUAUGAAGAACGUCAUCAAGGCCCCAAACUGAAAGUCGCCGAAUUCUCCAGUGACCUGAAAGCAGGCGAACGUAAAUCCAUAUUAAAGCAAUUCCGCAACGGAGAAAUCCAACUAUUGAUUUGCUCGGAUUUGAUUGGUCGUGGUAUUGAUAUUGACAGUGUUGAGGCAGUGGUGAGUUAUGAUGUACCGAUUUUCAUGGAUAAGUAUAUCCAUCGCGUUGGACGUACUGCUCGAGCUGGAAGAGAAGGUGAAGCCUAUACCUUGGUGGAGACCCAAGAAGCCCGACAUUUCAAACAAAUGCUUCGUGAGGCCGGUCACUUUUCCCAGGUCAAAUCCAUCAAAUUGGAUCACGAAAAAGUGAACGAACUUAACGCAGACUAUGAGGAAGCGUUAGCAAGCCUUGCAUCAUCCGAAUAA